UCGAAUCCAAACUUCAUGACUGUCAACCCAUGACUCUACUACCCCUUUGGUAAAUUCAAUGUCAACUGCCGCUGUACAGUCUCUGGCGCUCCAUGAAUGAUGUACGACCUCGACCAGUCUCUGCCGUAUGAUUGACCGCGAUCAGGGUCUGUGGAGGUGUGAAGUCCCUCGGUCACAUGGCCUCUUCUCGAGGUAAAACGCUCCUUAAUUCUCGAGGUCAAAGAACGAAUUCACUUGGGUAUGCAAAGCAUGACUGCCACACGUGUUCGGCCAGGAAUAGACAUUGCGACCGCCAGCGGCCUCAAUGUGGCACCUGCUUCUCAGAUGGUCAGAAAUGCGGCGGCUUCGCUUUGAAUCUUGUCUGGAAAGGCUUCGACGCCCCGACCUCGCCACAGGUUCUGGCCUUCAACCUCACAGCGUCAAACUGCAAUGAUACCAAAAACUCUCGUGGUUUCAAGUUCGUCAAGGGCCAAAUGAGGAGAAAGCGCAAGCCCAAAGAUUCGACUCCAGUGUUGCAUUCGUCGUCUCCUGCUGGCGAUAGUGGUCGCCACGUCCAGGACAUCCAUUGUGCCCCUUGCCGCUCAUAUUCUCCUCCACAAUCUACCGAUCUCGACAACAACAUCCCUUUCUCAGGUAUAGGAGAUGAGACGAAAUUCACACAUUCGAGUUAUGCUGAUGAGCUAAAGGCGGAGGUCUAUCAGGCCGCCAAAGUUCAUACCCUCUACAAUGACGAGAAUGACUUGUCCUGGCUCGCGGCCUCUGAAUCGACCAUCGCCGUCUCUUCACCUGCUCUUGCGCAGUCACCAUUCCUUGACCAAGUGGACGAGUUCAACUGCAUAAGUUUAGACGAGGUUGAUCUCUUCCAAGGCAAAUCCCAUACAGCGACGAUCGGAUCAAAUGCCCUAGAUAUGCAUCAUUUGUCUGCAAAGUAUUACGAAGAGGAUGACAACGAUGAGCUCCCAUUUUCCUUGAGCCCAUCUAUCCACUUUCAGAACCUGUCAGUGAGAUAUGAGCCGGUCAUAACUAUGUACGACAAAGAUUUCUGCAUAUUUCCGCUGACCAUGGACUGCAAUACCAACCCUUUCAGAGUUUGUGUAAACCAGCUAGAGCGCUCUGAGUUCUUACUCCACGCAAUCAUGGCAGUGGCCUCUCAACAUCUCGCGAAACAGACAAACCGAGCAGACUUAAGGCUUCAGGUACAAAGUCACCGGUCAACAGCACUGCACUUGUUCGCCCAAGCUCUUUGCCACACCGAUCCAUAUUUACUGCUUGACACCCUCCUCAUCCUUAUCAGCCUCGAUUUGACACAAUCCGCUCUCGGUAGCUGGGGCGUCCAUCUUGACGGAGCCCGAAAAAUACUAGAUGCCGCCAACGCCCUAGAGUCCUGUCGAAGCAGUGUGCGCGUUCGAGCACAAGUUGCCUUUUUCGUUUGGUGGGACGUAACACUCGCAUUCAUCGCCAGAGAACCCCUCCGUCUUCCUUUGGCCUACCUGGAUACGCUGAUUGAAUACAAAGAUGAAGCGGCAUGCUCCUAUUUUGUUUUGAAUGGCUGCUCGAUCGAGCUUGUCAGAGCCAUGGCCCAACUUGCGAAUUUGGCUGCCACUUACGAAAAGACCAAACAAAUGGAAUGGACGAAUUUCGAUAGGACCCCUGUCGACCAGAUAAUUGCAGAUGUCCAAAAGCUUGCCAACAAAGAAGAUAGCCUCAUAAGCAAUAGUUGGUCCCUGCAAGACGAUCCACGCGCAAUACGUGACCGCUUUCACUGUAUUGAGGCAUGGAGGAACGCCAUUCUGCUUUAUACAUGUCGUGUAUUCUCCCGAGAACAGGAUCCCCCAGACCUGUGGACCAUCACCCAGCGGGCGCAUGUCAUCCUUGAUCAUGCAAGAUGCAUCUCGAAAAGGUCUUUCAUCCAGAAACAGGUUCUUUUGCCCGUCUUUCUAGCCGGGGCAGAGGUUGAGCACGAGGAAGAUCGUUCCUUUAUCCAAAAUUACUGCCGAUACUGGAGCAUCACAGCCCGCUUUCACAUGUUCGAAACCACCAGGAUAUUGCUCGAAGACAUAUGGAAAGACAUGAAACACUCGACAAGAGACAAAUACUGGUGGGGCAUCAAAGUCGAGAGCAAUCAUGCGCGAAAAUCUGGAGGCGAGCAUAACCAAUUGGUCACCCAAAUCCUCCUGGGCUAGGGAGACCGUCGCCAAGCGCAUGUCUCUGAGACUACGAUUCACGUCAGUAAGAGAACUGCGGAGGCCUGGACCACUUCAUCUUUCACGACAUCAAGGACCAUGUCAGAGAUAGCAAGGCUGCGUUCUGAAUCUUCUGUACAUGGCUGUCCCUACCUCGGCUAUGUCGAUCUGGUGUAUGGAAGCUGCAAGAGCCUUGGAUGGGGAACAUUGACGAGAAGAAGGCAUGAAAUGAGGCGGAUGUGCUAAUCCCAAGAUGGUAUAGUUUAGAAUUAGACUCAAGAAUUUAUUUUUUUC